AUGAUAAAGUCGGUGAGAAGGAUGCUAUUGACAGUGUGCAAUCAACAACCCAUCGACGAUGAGACCCUGAGCACGGCCCUGAUCGAAGUAGAGCGCAUAUUAAACAAUAGGCCUUUCAAACUAGUCGCGAGUGAAGCCACGGGUCUCGCACUUACGCCAAACGACUUGAUUGUUUUGAGACCGAAUUACGGACUGACAGUAACACAAAAUAUUACUCGAGCGGUUGGAAGCAAGCCCCUAGCGGGAGUUUUCUGGAAGCGGUGGGUCCGAGAGUACUUGCCUACUCUACAGGCACGACAGAAGUGGAUACUCAGAGAAAGAAGCUUUCGAGUUGGUUACAUAGUGUUGCUGGCGGAUGGACGAUUGCAGCGAGAUGAAUGGCUCAUGGCGGUCGCCAAGGAAUGCCUCCCGGAUAAAGACGGUCUCAUACGCACGGUUAAAGUGAAAACGGCAGCCGGCGAAAUCCUGUGA